AUGGACUCCCCCGAGGUCAUCGGUCCGUCCCUCGAAGAUGAGAUCUCACGAUGCGUUCCCGAGCUCUUACUCCAGAGCGAUCUCGAUAAGACCACGGUGAGCGCGUUACACAGAGAAUUAGAGCUCAAGCUCGGGAGAGACCUGAGCCAACACGUGGAGUUCAUUCGUCACCAGAUCACGGAGGCGCUGACGAAGAGGACGGAUUUGAUCAAACGGGCGCACGACGCGGCGAGCACGGGCGCGCAGCAGAAGAAGAAAGCGUUAAAGAAGAAGCCAGGAUGCAGAGGAAAGACGAAGGAGGUGACGGAUCCGACGCGACCGAAGGGGCCAAAGGGGCCAUACAUGAUGUUCUGCGCGGAGAGGAGGCCGAAGAUUAAGAAGGAGAAGCCAAACUUGUCGUUCCAAGACAUCGCGCGACAGCUCGGGACAGAGUGGAGGACGAUGUCGGACAGCGUUCGAGCGCAAUACGAGCACAUGGCGGAGAACGACAAGACCAGGUAUGCGAAGGAACUCGCGAUGUGGACCCCCCUGAGCUCAGCUGAAAUGGAGAAACUUCGGGAGGAACAGCGCAAGCGAAAAGCAGCUGGCGGUCUCCAAGUCAUGUACAAGUGCUCGCCAGAGCUUUCAAAAUUCUUGGGUGGCGUGAAGGAGAUUAAUCGCCAGGCGCUGACGACAUAUCUGUGGAAGUACUUUCGAAAGAACGAUCUCAUGGAUCCCAUCAAUAAGAGAUACGUGGUCGCGAACGAAAAGUUGGCCAAGCUCCUUGAAAUGUCCCCGCAACAGCGAUUCCUCGCCUUCUCAGUGUCGAAGCACAUCAAUCGUCACCUGACGAAGAAAUAG